CUUUCUCCUGCCCAUUCUCAACCCAGACCUUGACCGAGCAGCAGUAGCAGCAACAGAACGUCUUUGCAAUAAUCUCCGGCUUGAGAGCAAAAUCCAGGAAAAACUUCGCGCCGACUUGACGAGCGUUCGUUCUGUGCAGCGCGAGUUCGUCGCUUACUUCGAGUGCGUUGAAGUCUCUCGUCAGUGAAUCGCUUAGAGUGGAGGCACGUGGCUUUUCGACCGUUGCCGGUGCGAAAUCGUGUACCAUUUGUGACUGGUAGAACAAGGUACAUUACCCGAGCUUAGAACAAAAGUAAAUCAAGUGCAAAGUGAGCGUAUCGGAUCAAGUUGAUGGCAAGUGAAAAGAAUGUGCGGUGAAGAGAGCUACCUGUUUAUUCCGCUUAAUUUUGCGUGACUAGCAUAAACUCUGCGGUGAAGACUCUAUUUGGUGAGAUCCAGUAAAGGAAGAACAGUACAGUAACUUUACCUAGGUGCAACAGUUGAGGCUACAAAAAAAAAGUAAUCCAUUCAGUGUUGAACUCAAUCGCCGUAGCGGAUUGACCGCAUCGUAGAACUAGCAGAAGCAGAAGCAGCAGCACAAAUCGAAGAAGGAAAUUAGAUUAGAGCUGGCUUAUUGGCCUGUUGUGCGCGUGGGCAAACAGUUGAGUUGUAGAAGCAACAAUAAGAGAGUUCGAUCGUAAAAAAAUAGCAUCCCACAUAAAAAAGAAGGUGUAAUACAUUAUAGUUGCAGCAGUGCGGAAAACAGGAUAAACACCUGCGAUCAGAUCAGUAAACGGCGUGCUGGAACUGGUGGACAGUUGUGCGGAACGAAGACAAUUACGAUUUGUGGUUUUUUUUUAUCGAGAUCUGCAGAACACGGUAAAGUGUGAUGGAACGAUUGGAUUCGAGCAGCAGAAGCGUAGGGAAAAUGGUAAUUUUCCUGGUGCCGACUUUAAUCUUGGUGCUGCUGGAUGCUGGGAGCAUAGCGCAAGCCGCUUCGACGAAAUUGAAUAAAUUGGACAAAAAAGAUGCCGGCGGUGGUGGGAGGCCCUCUCUGACCACCUACGAUCAGCGGCAAACCGGCAAGUACAACAUCCAUGUCAACAUCAAAGAUGUGAAAAUCAUCUCCGUCGAUGGCGAGAAGUUCGAGGGAGAAUUUGGGGAUGACACAAUUUACGACUACGGAGACUACGAUUACGAUCCAGCCCAUUUGACCGUUAGCCCACUUCCGAUUUUCGGCGGUCCCACGACCUCGAAACCUCCAAAGUCCACUACCAAAACGCCGGUCUCGAUAACCUCCACGAGGCGAACGACAACUACUACUACAGGAGCCCCCGCGGAAGAGCCCCCGAAGAGACCGGUCAGCAGUAAUGACCCAAUUAAAAUCGAUGCCAGCCCCAUUAAAGAUGAUAACCCCUCUCAUAUCAUGUCGGCACCGGGAACCACCACGCCACCGUCCAGCAAUAUCUACAUCUUCAAACCCACCCCCAAUUACCACCCGAGCCCGGUCCAUUACGAUUACCAGGAAAUUCCAGUCGAGGUCAUCGUCGAACCAGUUCUCAAGCCGAAGUACCGAAAUUCCAACUCCCGCAUCAUGGCCAAUAGGCGCAAUCGCAACCGUAAAAAUCCCGUGGGAGGCGCCGGCAUGGAUAUGGCUCGUCACGGCCACUCGGACAUCGAGGCGCUUCCAAGCGAACCUGUGAGCAAUGCGCAACCCCUUGCGGCUACGCCCUGCGCCAGGGGAGAAUUCCGAGACAAGUCCGGUAAAUGUCGCGUGCGGAGAUCUGGAAUACAGAUACAGGCUACUUAGGCUUCUCGCAGCGUUCAAAGAGAAGAAUGACUGAUCGUGCUGACGACAAUGGACUGCUAUACCGUAAUGGCGAUUGUAGAUUGAUUGAUUAAUUGAAUCUACAUGAAAAUCCCUGCCCCCUUUAAUCAUCGACUACUAGUAAUAACGAAUUGCAUUUUCUUAAGGUUAGCUAUACAGCGGAUAAGUGUAAGGCGAACGAGAGAAACAGUUGAUAAUAUUUAUUAAAA